AUGCCUCGGGCCAACAGCCCCCUUCCAUGGCGGCUCAUCCUGCUGCUGCUGCCGCCGCCGCUGGCCAUGCGCGCCGCCGCCGCCGUGGACACGACGACCGUCGGCUUCACCGAGGUGCCGCUCACGGAGGCGCAGUUCCCGGUGCAGAGGCCCUACGACGUGCCGCUCCAUGAGGGGUUCGCGUUCCGCGGCGGCGUCCGGCGGAUGUGGGUGUACUGCACCGACAAGCCCCACACACCCACCAGCCGCACCAAGCCCCGCACCGAGAUCGGCAUCAAGCAAAACUACAGCUCCGGCGUGUGGCAGUUCGAGGGCUACGGCUACGUGCCCUCCGGCACGACGGGGGUGUCCGUGAUGCAGGUGUUCGGCGCCGCGCCGCCGCACGCCACGACGCUCAUGCUUCACGUCUACGGCGGCGCGCUGCGCUACUACGACCGGCAGCUUGUGGAGGACCGCAUCUACGACCGCUGGUUCAAGCUCAACGUGGUCCACGACGUGGACGCGGCGGAGCUCGCCGUGUUCGUCGACGGCAAGCGCCGGCUGCGCGUCGCCGGCCGCGGCGGCUGCGUGCACACCUUCAAGUUCGGGGUGUACACGCAGACGCGGCCGUCGCACAGGAUGGAGUCGCGGUGGAGAGACGUCAAGGUGUUCACUAAGAAGAAUUAAGGCCUUAAGGGCCGCCUAAUAAAAUAGAAUAAGAACCUGUUUCUGCUGAAAAAUAAAAUAUUACACCUUUUUGCAAUGAGC